GGGCGAGGCCAACCCAGAGUCAGAGGCCCAGAUUGGUGGAUGGGACUGAGGGGCGUGGCCUCUUGUAAGCCGAAUGUUGGAAUAGGAGGCGGGCUCAAAUCUGGACCUGGCUGGAGAGGGCGGGUUCUUAAGCCCCUCCCACUGCCUACCCCUACCUGUGCUCUCCCCUCCCUGCUCCUUCCUCUCUCCAUCUCAUCCCCGCAGAAAAAGUCGAAGAUCUCCGCCUCGAGAAAACUGCAGCUGAAGACCCUGAUGCUGCAGAUAGGGAAGCAGGAGCUGGAGCGCGAGGCAGAGGAGCGGCGCGGGGAGAAGGGCCGCGCUCUGAGCACGCGGUGCCAGCCCCUGGAGGUGGCCGGGCUGAGCUUCGAGGAGCUGCAGAUUGCAGAUCUGACCCAGAAGAUCCUUGACCUCCGGGGCAAGUUCAAGCGGCCCACGCUGCGGCGGGUGCGGAUCUCCGCGGAUGCCAUGAUGCAGGCGCUGCUGGGGACCAAGGCUAAGGAGUCCUUGGACCUGCGGGCCCACCUCAAGCAGGUGAAGAAGGAGGACACGGAGAAGGAAAACCGGGAGGUGGGAGACUGGCGCAAGAAUAUCGAUCUGCUGAGCGGCAUGGAGGGCCGCAAGAAGAACCGAGGGCCACGCUCCCGGAAGCCACGGGCACAUCAGGGCAGAGCUGGGGCACCAACCUAG